AUGCGCUCCUUCCACAACUUCUCUGGCUGGAACCAGAUCUACCCUCACUUCAGGGACGGCGCGGUAAAGUGCUGGGAGCUGCAGCGCGUCUCGAGCGAGUUCGUGGCCUCGCGCCGAAGCAGCGGCGAUGGGCCUUCCGACGGCGGCGGCCGGGCCAAAGGAUGCCGCGGCUUCAAGACCUUUCCGCGGCUGAAGGACGCCGUCGUCGAGAGCGCCUUCCGCGAGGGCGUCUUUGACCGCGCGACUCAGGCCGAGGACGCGGCGGCGGCAGUUGGGCGCGACUUUGAAUGCUUCGCCUUUCCAGAGGUGGGCGACGCCAAGGAGUCGUCGGCGAUGCGUGAAGACGCGGCGUACCGGCGGCUGCGCGCCGCGAUGCCCUCCCUGCCGUCGAGCAAGCAGUGGGGCGGGCAGGGCCGCGCCUUCGAGCACCCGACCCUGCCGCCUGGCUGCGUCGGCCUGCCCCCGGGCUGGACAGAGGAGCAGCGCGUGAGCAAACGCGGCCGCCCCUACUCGGUCUUUCUCAAGCCAGGCACGGAGCCGCCGCACUACGACUCGAUGAGCCGCCCGGGCGCGUGGCGCCUCCACCUCGGCUUGCGCAGCAAGCGCGUCGCCGGCAAUGCCGACGAGUGCGCCGCUUGCGGCGACGGCGGCUUGCUGGUCCAGUGCGACCGCUGCCCGCGCUGCUUCCACCUAGACUGUCUCGACCCGCCCCUGACUCAGCAGCAGGUCGACGGCAUGGAGGGCUGGCUCUGCCCGCGAUGCGUGCCAUAG